UCUGAAACAAGCCAUCGAAACAGAGUACAGCUUUUACGCUAUGGCCACUGAACCAGAGUUUCAUAAAGCCGAAGAGGAAAGAGAUGGAGAAGCUCCUAUCCAUGGCGAUAUCUUAGAGUCCAUACUCUCUCAUGUGCCACUCAUCGACCUCGUCCCCGUCCUCCAAGUGUCAAAAUCCUGGAAUCGCGCCGUCUCCUCCUCCCUCGCUCACCUCAACCCCAUCAAACCCUGGCUCAUGGUCUACACACAUACUAGCAGAGCCCCGCACGUGAUCAACACGCACGCUUACGACCCUCGCUCUCGCGCGUGGGUUCAGAUGCGCGAGCCCUCAGCCGUCAGGCCCACUGUCGCCUCCCUCAGAUCAUCACACUCUUCGCUCCUCUACAUGCUCUCCUCUACCGCCCUCGCCUUCUCCUUCGACCCCAUCCAUCUCACCUGGCACCACGCCGACGCCCCGCGCGUGUGUCGAACGGAUCCAAUUGUCGCCCUCGUGGGUCACCACAUCGUCGUAGCUGGCGGAGUGUGCGAGUUCGAGGACGACCCGCUCGCGGUGGAGAUCUACGAUUUGCGGAGGCGAACCUGGGACACUUGCGAGUCCAUGCCAGCGAUUCUGAAGGGUUCCGCGACCUCCACGUGGCUGUCCGUCGCCGUCGUGGGGCACAGGAUGCACGUGACGGAGAAAAUCUCCGGCGUCACACACACUUUCCAUCCCGAGAAGAACACUUGGCAAGGACCCUACGACCUCCGACCUGACCAGAGCGUCUAUUCCAUCGUCAAUGGAACACUGCGCGACCGCGUAAUCGUGGCGGGGCUGGUAGGGGAAGCGGCGGAAGUGAAGAGCGUGAAAUUGUGGGAAGUGAGAGGCGAAUGGGGACCGGAAUCGAAGCUGCGGUGCGAGGAAAUGUGCGAGAUGCCGAAGGAAAUGGUGAAGAAGGUGAAGGGGGAAGGAGGAUUGGUGUCGUCAAUAUCGAUGUCGACAACGGGGGAUUCAGUGUACAUUUAUAAUCCGUCGGAGCCGGAGUGGGUGAUGGGAUGCGAAAUUGUGAACGGAAUCUGCAAAUGGGAGAGCGUGGAAAACGAGGCGGUGAAGGACGGAGGACGGUUACAGAGGAUGGUGGUUGGGGUGGGUGAUGUGAGGAUGGAAGAUUUGCAGAAAGGCUUGAAGGAGAAUCGGAGCUUCGCUUUGAAGCAAAGAAAUCAAAAAGUUAAUUUGGUGAGAUAGGGAAAGGACGUAAGCCAUGAAACUCGCACCUAUACUGUACUUGUCGUCUUCUUUGAUCGAAUUCACUCUCUGAAAUAGUGAAAUUUGAAUUUCCUCGUUUGGAUGUUUGGAUCAUUUACUGCGAAAUCCAUUUUGGAAGGCCACUUGCUUCA